AUGGCUUCCUGGCGCGAUGACUAUGUUAAAGCUUUGCAAGAACGCGACGAGCGAGAAGAAGCUAGCUAUCAGCGAUUUGAUCGUCAGUUCAUAGAAGCUUAUACUCAGCUUCUCGACAGAGCUUCCGCCCAAACAGCGGCAGCAGCUGUUCACGACACUCCAUCGUCCCUCUCUUCUUCUUCGACAUCCCAGAAAAUAACCUCCAAAAAUCCAAAACAAACUCAGCCCACUUCAUCUUCCGAGAUCCUCCAGCUUCGCGCUUCCCUGGCCGAAGCACUCCGUUCCUCUUCGCACUUCCAAUCGCGCCUGAAAAACGCUGAAAGCUCUCUUCAAGCUCUCCGUACUAAAAGCAUUUCAGAAUCAAAACAAAUCGAAGCUUUGACGCGAGAACGAAAUAUCAUGGAGAGGAAGAUUAGGGAUAGAGAUGAGGAGUUGAAGGCCAAGACUAAGGGGUAUCAUGAUGUGCAGGACGAGAUGAUAUCUCUCAAUUUGCAGCUUAAUAUAGCAGAGCAGAAUGAGAAGAGAUUAAAGGCGGAAAAUAAAGAGUUGAUUGAUAGGUGGAUGGCUCAAAAGGGGAGGGAAGCGGAUGAAAUGAAUAGAACGUUUGGGACCUAA